UUAGCCUUUUUGUGGGACACAUGAAUACCAAAUCAGAUCGACUUGUUCUCCAUCUCAAGGGGCAAGUAGGCACCUGCAACAAGUCUACAAGUACCGCAGUUAUAACACUGAUCUUAAUUUUUCUGCUUCAAUGGCAGCGCCUGGUACUUCUGCAUCCACUAAGAGGAUGUUUGCAGUGUCUGAAGGUGCCAGGCUGCACAUAGCCAUGACAAUCUUUCAGUUUGGUUAUGCAGGGAACCAUGUGAUCAUGAGAGCUGCACUUAACAUGGGUGUAAGCAAGCUUGUUUUCCCCAUUUAUAGGAAUAUUAUUGCUCUGGUUCUGCUGGUUCCCUUCGCUUAUUACAUAGAGAGGAAAGACAGGCCAACACUAACCCUUUCUCAUCUGAUACAGUUCUUCCUCCUUGGAUUUCUAGGGAUAACACUCAAUCAAGGAUUCUACCUUUUUGGUUUGGACAACACCUCACCUUCAUUUGCUUCUGCUACAGAGAACGCUGUGCCUGCUGUGACCUUUAUCUUGGCCACCUUACUCAGAUUAGAGCAAGUUCACCUGAACCGUAGAGAUGGCAUAGCCAAGGUGCUUGGUACUCUAACUUCCUUCAUUGGGGCUUCUGUCAUAACUCUUUAUAAGGGACCAACAAUAUAUAGCCAAAAUCCACCUUCAGACCAAUCAGAUUUGAUGUUUGCAUUAGGAGAUGCCAAGGAAAAGAACUGGGCCUCGGGUUGUAUCUGUUGUUUUGGCCAUUGCCUAUGUUGGGCGAGCUGGAUUGUGUUACAGGCAGUUGUCUUGAAGAAGUACCCAGCUCGGUUUUCAGUUUAUUCGUUUACUUGCUUCUUCAGUAUCUUGCAAUUUCUGGCAAUUGCAGGCUAUUUUGAGAGAGAUUCCCAGGCAUGGCAUGUUCACUCCGUUGGUGAACUCUUCACCAUUUUCUAUGCGGGGUUGGUUGUCUCAGGGAUUGGAUUUGCCAUACAAAUAUGGGUCAUACAGAGAGGUGGACCGGUGUUUGUUUCAGGCUAUCUGCCUCUACAGACCAUGCUCGUAGCUGUAAUGGCAUCUAUUGCUUUAAGUGAAGAAUUCUACUUGGGAGGAAUGAUUGGAGCAAUGCUAAUUAUAGCUGGGCUUUACCUAGUUGUUUGGGGAAAAAGCGAAGAGACCAAGCUUGCCACAGCAAAGGAUGCGGUCAUGUUAUCAUCUGACAACAGUCAGGCAAGAUUUCCAGGCAAAUCCUCUCUGGUCCAACCGUUACUUAACUCCGGGGAAUAAUGUGUUAAAAAGCAGUGAAGCACAAAUCCCUGAGGCAGCUUUCGGAACAGGGUUAUCAGCAGCUUUUGUAAAUGAACUGAUAAGUUAUGGACUCAUAAGAGAGUGAUUCAAUAUGGCAAAUACGGAACGAGCAAGUGACAUCAAAGGACAUUCAAUCACUGAGAAAGUCGGAUGCAAUUCAUUGAUGGACAAUUGACUGGUGCUGGAACAUUCUGCUGUGCAUGCAUGGCUCCACUAUCAAAGAUAUUACUGUUAAUGAAUCAAAGAUAAAGCCUUUAACCAAUCAGAUGUAACAUGACUUGAUUGAAUUCAUAGAGUAUAUAUUUUUUCCUUGAUCAA